AAAACAUCAUCUGCACCCUGCAUCGUGCACAUCACCCCAAGCAAAGUCUCCUUCCGUCCUCAUCCCUCCGCUUUGCCCACCUCCACUUCCCCCCUCUUUCUCCCUGGCUGUCACCACACUGUUGUCUGUGUCUAUGUGAUAUAUAUAUAUACCACACACUUACAUAUAUACUUUUUUGCUUAACUGGAAACAGUAUUUUUAGUGUCUGGGUAAGCAUUUCCACCCCUUUGUUAGAACGAGCUGCGCUUCACUGAGCUCCUGCCAGUGAGAGGGAACACCCAGGAGGACCCUUGCCAGCUCCUCCCCUGUCCUGACCAGUGUUUAAACCCAAGGAGGGAAGCCGAGGAGCAAGCGAGGAACCAGGGACGACCAGCACUGAGGUCUGGGUGGCAGGAGAGUUGGACAUGGUGCCCAGCAGCUUCCCAGGCAGAGGUGGUGAACAGGACACUGGCCUGGAAUCUGAGCACAGGCGUGGCCCUCGCUGGCCAUGGUACCCAGGACAGUGUGCUCCAUCCCUCCAGCCUACGCUUCCUCCUCUGCGCAGGACAGAGCGCUGACAAGCAUGGACUCGAGCCAGACUGCCUGGCUUCACACUCUGCCACUUGGCUGUGUGCCUGUGGGCAAAUCAUGCCUGCUGGAGGGUCUGCGCCUCAUCUCUCCAAGGAUGGGGACCUUCUGCUUCCCCCUGGGACUCCUGUUUGGCUCUGUGCUGCUGGUGGCCUCGGCCCCGGCCCCUCUCGAGCCUCAUAGCUGCAGUGACAAGGAGCAACAGCUGACCGUCAGCCACACCUACAAGAUUGAUGUGCCCAAGUCUGCCCUGGUCCAGGUGGAGGCUGACCCUCAGCCCCUCAGUGAUGAAGGGGCCUCGCUCCUGGCCCUGGGAGAGGCCGAGGAACAGAAUAUCAUCUUCAGACACAACAUCCGCCUGCAGACACCACAGAAGGACUGCGAGCUGGCAGGCCUUGUCCAGGACCUCCUGGUCCGGGUGCAGAAGCUGGAGGGCGAGAUGGCGGAGGUGAAGGAGCGGUGUGACGUCCAGCGUUGCUGCCAGGGAGCUGCUGGUCAGGGCCGCCAGUGCAGCGGCCACGGGACCUUCUCCCAGGAGACGUGCGGCUGCCGCUGCGAGCAGGGCUGGGAGGUGGUCGCCCCCCAGGGCCUGCAGCUGCUCAAGAGCACAGAGGAGUCCCUGCUGGUGAGCUGGGAGCCCUCCAGUGAGGUGGACCACUACCUCCUCAGCUACCACCCCCUGGGCAGGGAGCCCUCCCGGAAGCAGAUACAGGUGCCCAAGGAGCAAAACAUGGUCGCCCCCCAGGGCCUGCAGCUGCUCAAGAGCACAGAGGAGUCCCUGCUGGUGAGCUGGGAGCCCUCCAGUGAGGUGGACCACUACCUCCUCAGCUACCACCCCCUGGGCAGGGAGCCCUCCCGGAAGCAGAUACAGGUGCCCAAGGAGCAAAACAGCUACGACAUCCUUGGUUUGCUGCCUGGGACCAAGUACAUAGUCACCCUGCACAACGUGAAGAAAGGGGUCCCCAGCAGCCCCCAGCACCUGCUGGCCACCACAGAUCUUGCUGUACUUGGCACCGCAUGGGUGACAGACGAGACGGAGAACUCCCUGGACGUGGAGUGGGAGAACCCCCCGACUGAGGUGGAUUAUUACAAGCUGCUGUACAGCCCCCUGACUGGGCAGGAGGUGGCCGAGGUCACGGUGCCCAAGAGCAACCACCCCAAGAGCCGAUAUGACAUCACGGGUCUGCAGCCCGGGAUGGACUAUAAGAUCACAAUUGUCCCCAUGCGAGGAGACCUGGAGGGCAGGCCAAUCUUCCUGAAUGGCAGGACAGAAAUUGAUGGCCCAACCAAUGUGGUCACUGAUCGAGUGACUGAAGACAUGGCGGUGGUGUCCUGGGACCCCGUCCAGGCUGUCAUCGACAAGUACAUGGUGCGCUACACCUCCGCCGACGGGCAGUCCUGGGACACAGCGGUGCCCAGGGAGCAGAGCAACACAGUCCUCACGGGCCUGACGCCGGGGGAGGCGUACAGAGUCCACGUGUGGGCCGAGUGGGGUGGCCAGGAGAGCAAGAAGGCCAACACCACGGCCCUGACAGAAAUUGACAGCCCCCAAAACCUGGUGACCGACCGGGUGACGGAGACCACGGCCACCAUCUCCUGGGAGCCUGUGCAGGCCGUCAUCGACAGGUACAUGGUGCGCUACCCCUCCGCCGAUGGAGACACCAGGGAGGUUCCGGUCGGGAAGGAGCAGAGCAGCACCGUCCUGACAGGCCUGAAGCCAGGCAUGGAGUACACGGUCCACGUGUGGGCCCAGAAGGGGGACCGGGAGAGCCAGAAGGUCGACACCAAGGCCCCGACAGAAAUUGACAGCCCCCAAAACCUGGUGACCGACCGGGUGACAGAGACCACGGCCACCAUCUCCUGGGAGCCGGUGCAGGCCAUCAUUGACAGGUACAUGGUGCGCUACACCUCCGCCGAUGGAGACACCAGGGAGGUUCCGGUGGGGAAGGAGCAGAGCAGCACCGUCCUGACGGGCCUGAGGCCAGGUGUGGAGUACACGGUCCACGUGUGGGCCCAGAAGGGGGACCGGGAGAGCAGGAAGGCCGACACCAAGGCCCCGACAGACAUUGACAGCCCCCAAAACCUGGUGACCGACCGGGUGACGGAGACCACGGCCACCAUCUCCUGGGAGCCAGUGCAGGCCAUCAUUGAUAGGUACAUGGUGCGCUACCCCUCCGCCGAUGGAGACACCAGGGAGGUUCCAGUGGCGAAAGAGCAGAGCAGCACCGUCCUGACAGGCCUGAGGCCAGGUGUGGAGUACACGGUCCACGUGUGGGCCCAGAAGGGGAACCGGGAGAGCCAGAAGGCUGACACCAGGGCCCCGACAGACAUUGACAGCCCCCAAAACCUGGUGACUAUCCGGGUGACGGAGACCACAGCCACCAUCUCCUGGGAGCCAGUGCAGGCCGUCAUCGACAGGUACAUGGUGCGCUACACCUCCGCCGAUGGAGACACCAGGGAGGUUCCGGUGGGGAAGGAGCAGAGCAGCACCGUCCUGACAGGCCUGAGGCCGGGCAUGGAGUACACGGUCCACGUGUGGGCCCAGAAGGGGGACCGGGAGAGCAAGAAGGCCGACACCAAGGCUUCGACAGAAAUUGACAGCCCCCAAAACCUGGUGACCGACCGGGUGAUGGAGACCACGGCCACCAUCUCCUGGGAGCCGGUGCAGGCCGUCAUCGACAGGUACACGGUGCGCUACACCUCCGCUGAUGGAGACACCAGGGAGGUCCCGGUGGGGAAGGAGCAGAGCAGCACCGUCCUGGCGGGCCUGAGGCCGGGCGUGGAGUACACGGUCCACGUGUGGGCCCAGAAGGGGGACCGGGAGAGCCAGAAGGCCGACACCAAGGCCCUGACAGACAUCGACCCUCCCAGAAACUUUCGUCCGUCUGCUGUUACCCAGUCUGGGGGGGUACUGACCUGGACACGCCCCUCGGCUCAGAUCAAUGGCUACAUUCUGACCUACCAGUUCCCAGAUGGCACCACUAAGGAGGUGCAGCUCGGACGCGGGGACCAGAGGUUUGAGCUGCAAGGCCUUGAGCAGGGCGUCACCUACCCUGUCUCCUUGGUGGCAUUCAAGGGUGAUCGCCGGAGCAGGAGUGUGUCCAUCGCCCUUUCCACAGUUGGUGCCCGUUUCCCACACCCUUCGGACUGCAGUCAAGUCCAGCAGAACAGCAACGUCGCCAGCGGCCUGUACACCAUCUACCUGCAUGGGGACGCCAGCCAGCCCCUGCAAGUGUACUGCGACAUGGACACGGACGGCGGCGGCUGGAUCGUCUUCCAGCGGCGGAACACCGGGCAGCUGGACUUCUUCAAGCGCUGGCGGACCUAUGUGGAGGGCUUCGGGGACCCCACCAAGGAGUUCUGGUUCGGACUCGACAAGCUGCACAACCUCACCACUGGCACCCCAACCCGGUAUGAGGUGAGAGUGGACUUGCAGACCGCCAACGAGUCCGCCUAUGCCGUGUACGACUUCUUCCAGGUGGCCUCCAGCAAGGAGCGGUACAGGCUCACGGUGGGGAAGUACAGAGGCACGGCAGGGGAUGCUCUUUCUUACCACAACGGGUGGAAGUUUACAACUUUUGACAGAGACAACGACAUCGCCCUCAGCAACUGUGCCCUGACGCACCAUGGCGGCUGGUGGUACAAGAACUGCCACCUGGCCAACCCCAAUGGCAGAUACGGGGAGACCAAGCACAGUGAGGGGGUGAACUGGGAGCCGUGGAAAGGACACGAAUUCUCCAUUCCUUAUGUGGAGCUGAAGAUCCGCCCUCAGGGCUACAGCGGGGAGCUCGUCCUGGGCAGGAAGAAGAGGACACUAGGAGAAAAUUCUAGAACGUUCUGAUGACCCAUCUGAGCAAUCAUCGCAUGAGGCAAGGCCGGCUGGGGUUGGAGCUGUGUAAGCUUGGGGUGGGGUGGGUCCUAGUGACUGGUUAGUGGAAGCUGAAGGGAAGUCAGCCCCUGGUUCCUGAGAUGGCUGGUCACCAGCAGACACAGCCUGUCACCAAGCCCCAGGCCACCUGCAUUCUCGUCCAUCCACAUUGGGGCCUGAAGGCCAGCUCAGUCGUGGUUGCCAGUGCGUAUGGGAGAGAACGACAAGGUCUUUCUUUUAGUCUUUCUUCAGUAACAAAUAUAUAGGAUUAGGGCAGAAAAAAAACAGAAUCCAGCGCUUUACCGACUGGAAAACUCUGGAAGUCGGUGUGUGAAUAUGAAGCUCCGCUAAUACAAAUCUUCUCUCUAGAAAGAAGCACCAAGGAGGUGUCCCUGACCAGGGCUGAGGUCGCCUGAUGCUGUGACCUCCCAUGACACUGGGUUUUGAGGAAAAGGGUGUACACCUUCCCCUUUCCAAAGCUUGCUGGUGUGGUGAGGAGGAGUGACGGGAGCCAAAGGGACAAGAUGGAGUCGCGCUGAGCUGGGCCCUGACUAGCCCAGCUCGUGGGAACCACGCCUUCCAAGUUUCUGCUGUUUCAAGCAUCCUCUCCCCAGCCCUUUGCAUAAUCACGUUCAUAGGCCUGCAUAUGUUGUGAAUAAAUUCUCACUCGUUUCAACUUUAA